AUGGGCGCCAUACGGGUUACACCAAAUGCCACCACACGGGCCGUGAGCCUGCUGCGGACCAUCCAGUACACCCACCCGCCGUCGUGCCCGUGUCACGCCAACCCCGACCACCAUCACCACCACAAACACCAGGGCCCGACGCCGUAUGCACGCAGGGCCGCGCGCGGCUAUGCCACGCCCCAGCAGCAGCCGGCCACGCCGCUCAAGGAGUAUGCCUUUGAGAUGGCUGCGUCGGCCAUCCGGUUCGGCAACGGCGUCACCCGCGAGAUCGGCAUGGACCUCAAGAACAUGGGCGCCAAGAACGUCGCCGUGGUCACGGACGGCACCGUCAACAAGCUGCGCGCCAUGGAGCAGGUCCGCGCGGCGCUGGGCGAGGAGAACAUCAACUACGCCGUCUUCAACCGCACGCGGGUCGAGCCAAAGGACAAUUCCAUCCUGGACGCCAUCGCGUGGGCCAAACCAAUCAACCCCGACGUCUUUGUCGCCGUUGGCGGCGGGUCCGUCAUGGACACCGCGAAGCUCAUGAACCUCUACACCUGCUACCCAGACGCCGACUUCCUCGACUUUGUCAACGCGCCACUGGGCAAGGGCCGCCCCGUCGACAAGCCCCUGCGUCCGCUGAUUGCCGUGCCCACAACCGCCGGCACGGGAAGCGAGACCACGGGCACGGCCAUUUUUGACUUGGUUUCGCGGCGUGCCAAGACGGGCAUUGCCCACCGCAACCUCAAGCCCACGCUCGGCAUCUGCGACCCCCUCAACACGGCCACGAUGCCCGCGGCCGUCAAGGCGAGCUCCGGCCUCGACGUCCUGUGCCACUCCCUCGAGUCCUGGACCGCCAUCCCCUACAGCGAGCGCGUCCCCCGCCCCGCCAACCCCAUCCUGCGCCCGGCCUACCAGGGCGCCAACCCCAUCAGCGACAUCUUCUCCUUCAACGCCCUCAAGAGCACCGUCAAGUACCUGCCGCGCAGCGUGCACGACCCGGAGGACGAGGAGGCGCAGUACCAGAUGCUGCUCGCUGCGACGCUCGCCGGUGUCGGUUUCGGCAACGCCGGCGUCCACCUGUGCCACGGCAUGUCCUACCCCAUCUCGGGCCAGAACCCCGCGGGCUACCGCCAGCAGGGCUACGAGGUCGACACGCCGCUCAUCCCCCACGGCGUGUCUGUCGCCGUGUCGGCCCCCGCCGUCUUCCGGUUCACCGCGCCCUCCAACCCGGACCGCCAUCUGCAGGCCGCCGAGGCCUUUGGCGUCGACAUCACCAGCGCCAAGCGCGAGAGCGCCGGCGAGCUGCUGGGCGAGGCCAUCUCCACGUUUUUGGAUACGCUGGGCGACCAGCCGCGCGGGCUCAGAGACCUGGGCUUUGGCCGCGAGCACAUUGAGGAGCUGGUCGAGGGCACCAUCCCGCAGGCGCGUGUUUUGAUGCUGGCGCCCGGCCUGGCGACGGAGCUGGAGCGCGAAAAGGACCAGCUGCGGAUGCUGUUUGAGGAUGCCCUGUCACGUUAA